GACAAUAUUAAGUUUUCCGUCACAAGAAUCCAACUCUCUCUUCACCGAUUCAAGACUCGGACAACCCAAUGAACGAUCCGGAGCGAGUCAAGAAGGAAGACCCGUUUCUGGUCAAGUAUCAGCCGUCCGAACUCAGAAUCGCCUCCGAGUUCUUAAGCACGUGGCUACCUUUCCUUUCCAGAGAUCUCUGCCACCGAUGCACCCAAACCCUCUCCCAACGAAUCCGCUCUCUAGACCCAGGAGAUGCUGGGCUGGCCAACCCUGAUCUGAAUGCAAUCCCUUCUACUCCCAACAAUACUGAAUCAGAAGAAUUAAAUGAGAAUCUUCAUGAUAAUUGUGCUGUCAAUUCGAUUGGAAGUUCAAAAGAUGAUGAUACCAACUCAUUGGGUAGUUGGAAAGAUGGGGAAAAUGGAUUGUCUGAACCCAUUGGAGAAGCAUCCACUAGUGGUGGAGUUGCCAGCGUGUUGCCUUUGGUUCAAACCCCGGCUCCCCGUCUAUCAUGGGCAGACAUGGCACAGGACGAUGAGCUUGAGGGAGUAGAAGAAGACGAAGAAGAAGAGCAACUGGGCUCAGAGUCGAGCAAGCGGAUUGUUAGUUUAACUGCUGCCACUGGGGAGUUGAGGAUAUCUAAGGGUGUAGAGAAGCCUAAAUUGCCUAGGGAUCAGAGAGAGUACAUUAGGUUUAUGAGUGUGAAGAGGAAGAAAGAUUUUAUAUGUUUUGAGAGAGUUAACGGGAAGUUUGUAAAUAUUCUCGAGGGGCUUGAACUCCAUGAGGGAAUUUUCAGUGCUGCAGAACAAAAGAGGAUAGUUGAUCAUAUUUAUAUGCUUCAGGAGAUGGGGAGAAAAGGAGAGUUGAAAGAACGCACAUAUACAGCACCGCAAAAGUGGAUGCGGGGAAAAGGACGCGUAACCAUCCAAUUUGGUUGCUGUUACAAUUAUGCAGUGGACAAAAAUGGUAACCCACCUGGGAUUCUUCAAAAUGAAUUUGUAGAUCCUAUACCCGAUCUCUUCAAGGUGAUAAUUAGACGGCUGGUCAGAUGGCAUGUGCUUCCUGAGACUUGUGUGCCUGACAGUUGUAUAGUCAAUAUAUAUGAAGAAGGCGACUGCAUACCUCCUCACAUUGACAACCAUGAUUUUGUUAGACCAUUCUGUACUGUAUCAUUUCUUAGUGAGUGCAAUAUACUUUUUGGGUCAAACUUGAAAGCUGUAGAUGCUGGUGAGUUUUCUGGGCCAAUUGCAAUUCCUCUACCUGUGGGGUCAGUUCUGGUUUUAAAUGGAAAUGGAGCAGACAUUGCUAAGCAUUGUGUGCCCGCAGUUCCUACUAAGAGGAUAUCAAUCACAUUUAGGAGAAUGGAUGAGUUGAAACGACCAAUAGGAUAUACUCCAGAACCUGAUUUGCAAGGCAUUGAACCACUGUCAUAUGAUGCACAAACACCAAAGGGAUUAAAUUCACCUAGAUCAUUCGGUGCACAGAGACCAAGGGGAAUAAAUUCACCUAUAUAUGAACGCCGUGUAAAAACUCAACCAUUUAGAAGAGGGGAAGCAAAGGGCUUUACAGAGAGUAAUGAACAAUCGGUGCACAGAGACCAAGGGGAAUAAAUUCACCUAUAUAUGAACGCCGUGUAAAAACUCAACCAUUUAGAAGAGGGGAAGCAAAGGGCUUUACAGAGAGUAAUGAACAAUCUGAACGUCGAUCCUCAACCCAGCCACGAAGAGGCUUUUCAUAUAAGAGAAGGUUCGCAGUGAAUCAGAGUAGGUGAUGAGUUGCUGCAUGUCUAAUGUGGAGAUUAUUUUUCCGUUCUAGUUACCGAUUAUUUUAGUAUUUGUGAGUGGUAUAAAAUCUUAUUUACUUAUUUUGAAGCCCUUGAAUGGAUUGCGGACUUAAGUAAUAGGGUUAGCUUGUAACUUUAGAGGGCGCCUGUGAUGUCACAUUUCUGAAAAAUCAUAGCUCAGAUUCACAACUGGUCUCUUGAUUCGAACUUAAGGUUGGCUUGACCCGGGUGGAAGCUGCUGAAACCCCAUAGAUUGUAUUGUUGUUAUAAUGGACACUUUUAGCUACAAGAAGCACGAGAUUGUGUGCUUUGUUUUCCUUUUUCUCAUUGAGGUUUGUAAUUGUAUAAAACGAUGUGCUUAAUAGUUUCUUAGCAUUUAUUAAAUAAACCAAUUCGAGGAUUUGAGAUUAAA